GUUUGCCGAACACACUCAAGGAUCCGGAAUCAUAGAGGAGACCGUGGAGGCACGAUGGGAAAGGAUAAUGGAUACAAGGAAACUAGCACACCUAAACAUGGGAAAGGCAGCACAGGAUCAAGCUAGAUCAUACAACCUCCGGAAAAGGGACUGGAGACCCAAAAUAGGAGAGCUAGUAUGGGAAAGACAACACCCCUUGUCAAAAGCAGCAACCGGAUUCGCGGCCAAGCUAGCACCAAAAUACGAAGGUCCAUUCAAAGUAACAGGCUUCAUAUCAGCGGUGAUUGCAACAAUAAAACACACGGUGACCGGGAAGACGCACAGAGCCUACAUAAACGAACUAAAACCCCAUGUAUAAAACCUCGACCAACAAGCAUGCGUAACCCAAAAAACAACAAGCUAAAACUAUACGCACAUUUUUCAGAAUGAACAACAAACUGAAAAACUCGCUCUCCAAGUACCGAGAGAACCUCCAAAGGCUCAACCAGCAGCGGCGAAGAGUAAUUAUACUUGGAGCCGUGGACGUGGCAGGUCCAGCUGGUUGCAGGAAGCCAACCCAGGCCGCUCCGGUAGGCAGACAAGCGCCAGCCAGGAAACCAAUUCCUACACCGACCACGGCAACAACACGGCAAACGAUGGCGACACCAACAACCAGGGAAACGACCACGGCAACAACACGGCAAACGAUAACAACACCAACAACCAGGAAAACGACCACGGCAACAAAACGGCAACCGAUGACAACAACAACAACCAAGGAAACGACACGGCAAACAACGGACAACGAAGCAUGA